AUGUCAAACACGCACGAGUACAGACCGCUGACGGACCAUGCUCGGCUGGCCGACGAUUAUGAAGAAGAAGGAGGAGGAGGAGGUUCAGCAGGAGAAGAACACGACCUCUCCGAAAUCGACCUCGAAAAGCUCCCCGAAGAAGCAAGACCGAAGUGGUAUCAAGACCCCAUCAGACGCCUAUCGGCCGACUGGAGAACAACCACCAAAUGGGACGUGGCGGACCUCAAGACCCUCCUGUUUCUCGUUCUUUCGUACCUCGUCCUCGUUUUCCCUCGUUUUGUACAUCCCGGCGGCCUCAAAAGAGAUAAACUACACCCGACAGCCUACCUUGAUGCCCUGAGAGGGUGGGCAGCCGUCUCGGUGGCCAGAUACCACACCUUCGCCAACAGGACGUGGCUCUUUGAGCAACCCGUCAUCCGCAUGAUCCUAAACGGUCGGGCCAUGGUGGACAUCUUUUUCAUCAUCUCCGGAUAUGUGCUCAGUUAUCGGAUGCUCAAGAUGGUCCGAAACCAGCAAACGGGUCUCCUGCGGGCCCUGGCAUCUUCGACCUUCCGAAGGUGGUGGCGACUCUACAUCUCGACUGGUGUUGCCUCCCUGGUCACCGCGGUCAUGACGUUCUGGGGAUGGUGCCACCCUGCACCACAGCAAGCCACCUUCUACCUGCAGAUGCGGGACUGGUUCUGGGACUUUGGCGCCUCUAGCAACCCGUUCGGCGACAUCAAAGGCUUCUGGUACGGCGAUGUCUUCCGUACGCACUACCUGGAUCAGAUGUGGACCAUCCCCGUCGAGUUCCGAGGAAGUAUGGCCGUCUUUUGGUUCCUGGCCGCGGCAUGCUACAUGGCGACAUUUGGCCGGAGACUCUUUGCGUGGGUCGUCAUCGGUCUGUGCUACUGGUGGGGUGUCAUCUACGUCGCCCUGUUCAUGUACGGCAUGUUGAUCGCCGACUACCAGUUCGACCGUCACCCGGAACGACUCCAGAAGAUUCGCCUCCCGCAACAAGACCAGCAGGACGACUUGCCUCUGGUGUCGGAGAAGCCGCAGAACAAGGUGUACAGCAAAGUUUUGAAAAUCGUGGGCUGCCUCGUCCUGCUCAUCAUGGGCAUGUUUUUGAUGGGACAACCCCCGCCAUACGACGGUCACUACAACAGGGACUGGUGGCCUUGGGGAUAUUUCGAAGACCUCAUCCCCUGGUGGUAUGUCCCCGAGCUGGGUGAACAUUUCUGGCUCGGUAUCGGCGCUGCCCUGUUUGUUUUUGCCCUGGACAAUUGCCGGAUCUUUCAAAUUCCUUUCGAGUGGGGGUUCUCGCAGUAUCUCGGUGAUAUUUCGUUUGGCGUAUACGCCAUGCACAACACCGUUAAUUGGGUCCUAUACAUCCCGUACGUGGACCCUUGGCAGAAACAGUACUUUGGCACCCAGAGUUACUGGUCCGGUGCCCUUGGUGAGCUCUUCACCGCUCUUGUCAUCAUCUGGGCGGCAGAUUACUUCACCCGUAUCGAUGAACUGGUCGUAAAGAGCGGCAGGUGGUUGGAGUCCAAGACUUUUAUCAAGUGGGAUGAUUAG